UCAUUUCAGGAAGAAGCGGAACCAACGUUGUAUUCGCCGCUGCUGCUGGCUCAGUGCCUUUGACGUUGAUUUAAAAUAAUAGCAUCUGGAUGUAAGGAAAAACGCAUUUUCUAUGUAGUCGUCGGCCCUCCGGACCAGCUGUCUAUCCCGGUUUGAGACCAGAAAACAUGGACUGGACAGUGAGCAGUCGGGCCCUGUUGUGGUGCUUUUUGUCGUUGCUUUGCUGCGCUGGGAUCCCACAAAAGGGAUUUUGCAGCGCCAGCACCGUUUCCCUCCCUGAAAGCCUGCUCUUUGUGUCCACGCUGGAUGGAAACCUGCACGCCGUUAGCAAGAAGUCAGGCUCUAUCAAAUGGACUCUGAAAGAAGAUCCAGUUCUUCAGGUCCCCACACAUGUGGCAGAACCAGCCUUUCUGCCUGACCCCAACGAUGGCAGCCUGUACUCUCUGGGAGGGAAGAACAACGAAGGCCUCACAAAAUUACCCUUCACCAUCCCUGAGUUGGUCCAAGCUUCUCCCUGUCGCAGCUCUGAUGGUGUACUUUACAUGGGUAAGAAGCAGGACCUGUGGUACGUGGUGGACCUGUUGACUGGAGAGAAGCAGCAGACCUUGACUUCCUCCUUCGCUGAGAUGCUGUGUCCCUCUUCGUCUCUUCUCUAUCUGGGACGCACAGAGUACACCAUCACCAUGUACGACACCAAGAGCAGAGAGCUGCGCUGGAAUGCCACCUAUUCCGACUACGCCUCGACCCUUCCUGAUGAUGACACCAAAUACAAGGUGGCUCAUUUUGUGUCCAACGGUGACGGCCUGGUGGUGACGGUGGACAGCGACUCAGGAGACGUUCAGUGGGUUCAGAACUAUAACUCCCCGGUGGUGGCCAUGUAUAUCUGGCAGCGCGAGGGCCUCCGCAAAGUUCCCCACACGAACGUGGCUGUGGAAACCCUGCGGUACCUCACUUUCAUGUCUGGAGAGGUUGGCCGCAUCACACAGUGGAAAUACCCAUUUCCCAAAGAGAAUAAGCCCAAGAACAAAUUCCUGGCCACUUUGUACGUGGGAAAAUACUCCAGCAGUCUGUAUGCCUCUUCCUCCCUGGUGCACGAUGGAGUCACUGUGGUGCCUCGUGGCAGCACCUUCCCCAUGCUGGAGGGUCCCGACAGCCGGGAGACUGACGAGGACAAGGAGUGCGUCAUCACACCCAGCACCAGCGUGAAGUUCAACGCUGCGCUGCGGGAGAGAAACCGUAUAAACUACAUGAGAAACUACCUGCUCCUCAUAGGUCAUCAUGAGACGCCCCCUGAAGCUCACACUAAGCUCCUGGAGAAGUUCCCAGACAGCUUUCCUCGCAGCCAAGGCAACGUCAUCCCACCCACGACUGACAAGAAGGUUGAGGAGAAGGUAAAUGAUAGUGGGAUGAAUGAUGGCCCCCCAUCCUCCCCGCCUGAAACAUCCAUCCAACAACCUGGCACCAGUGGUCGCACUGUGCGUCCGGAGGCCCCGGUGGACUCCAUGCUCAAAGACAUGGCGACUAUCAUCUUCUCCACCUUCCUCCUGGCUGGCUGGGUGGCCUUUGUGAUCACCUACCCCAAAAGUGUCCACAAGCAGCAGCAGCUGCAGCACCAGGAGUUCCAGAGACAGAUGGAGGAGAAGUUGGAGCUGCUCCAGAGACAGCAGCCGUUCCCCCCUGCAGACGGGGGCCUGGGCUUGGCCCCAGACAGCGACUAUCUGGAGGUGGCCCGCACUCGCUCCGAAUACUCCGACCACAGCAGCCCUAAUGUGACCCCCCGUGCCUCCAACCACUCCAACCUGUCUGUGUCUGAACUGGGAAGCUCCGCCAAUGAGCACGAAGAUGGAGAGGAGGACUCCAAUAUAGUCAGAGUGGGCAACAUAACUUUCCGUCCCAAAGAGGUCUUAGGUCAUGGGGCUGAGGGCACCAUUGUUUACAAGGGUCAGUUUGACAACCGUGCAGUGGCAGUGAAGAGAAUUCUCCCAGAAUGCUUCAGCUUUGCAGACCGGGAAGUCCAGCUGCUGAGGGAGUCAGACGAGCACCCGAAUGUCAUCCGCUACUUCUGCACUGAGAGGGACCGUCAGUUCCAGUACAUCGCUAUUGAGCUGUGUGCUGCCUCUCUUCAGGAGUAUGUGGAGAGGAAGGAUUUUGACCGUCAUGGACUUGAGCCCGUUAUACUUCUUCAGCAGACCAUGUCAGGACUGGCCCACCUGCACUCUCUGAACAUAGUCCACAGAGACCUGAAACCCCACAACAUCCUGGUGUCCAUGCCCAAUGCCCACGGCCGGGUCCGGGCCAUGAUCUCAGACUUCGGGUUGUGUAAGAAGCUGGCCGUGGGCCGCCACAGCUUCAGCAGAAGGUCGGGGGUUCCCGGCACUGAGGGCUGGAUCGCCCCUGAGAUUCUCAGCGAGGACUGCCAAGACAACCCGACCUGCGCUGUGGACAUCUUCUCUGCUGGUUGUGUGUUCUACUACGUGGUGUCUCAAGGAAGCCACCCCUUCGGCAAGUCCCUGCAGAGGCAAGCCAACAUCCUGCUGGGCACGUACAGCCUCGACCAUCUGCAAACUGACAAACAUGAGGACAUUGUAGCCAGAGCUUUGGUAGAGCAGAUGAUGAGCAUGGAGCCCCAAAGGAGGCCUUCUGCUGAGAGCGUUCUCAAACACCCUUUCUUCUGGAGCCUGGAGAAGGAGCUGCAGUUUUUUCAGGAUGUGAGCGACAGAAUAGAAAAGGAACCGCUGGACGGGCCAAUCGUGAGACAGCUGGAGAGAGGAGGGAGGGCUGUUGUCAAGGGUGACUGGAGAGAGCACAUCACAGUGCCACUGCAGACAGAUCUGCGGAAAUUUCGCUCCUAUAAGGGAGGGUCAGUCAGAGACCUGAUGCGUGCAAUGAGAAACAAGAAACAUCAUUACCGGGAGUUGCCUGCUGAGGUUCAGGAGACGCUGGGCUCCAUCCCUGAUGACUUUGUCUCCUACUUCACCUCCCGCUUCCCCCACCUGCUAAUGCACACAUACCUGGCCAUGCGGACCUGUGCUUCUGAGAGGCCAUUCCUGCCUUACUACUCCACUGCAGAUCAGCUUGCCAAAACACAGACCCAGUACACACAUCUCGGGCCACAAAGACAAAAAGAGCCAUGUACUCAACCCUUGACUACACACACAUCUCUCCCCUCCUCACAACCACAGGAAAAUACACAUUCGUCACAGCCAGCGCAGGUCCCUCACACAACACCUGCUGAAUCAGCCCCCUCUUCUUCUCCAGAUGAGCCUGUAGCUUCACAUUUGCCAGUUGAGACAGUGGAGCCUGCACCGUCCACACAGACUGACCUGCAGAGUCAAACCGGGAACCCCACACAUGUCUCAGAAUCACCUACCGAUCCUCUCAUGCUAGAACAAUCCAUUCAGCCUGAGGUGCACAAACUGACAGAUCCUUUGAUACUGGGUAAUGAAUCAGUGUGAGCAUUGCCUUCAACAGUGGACACCAAGUUGGGCUCAGCUGCUGCAGUAUGAGCUGGUGAAGACCAGGCCUGCAGUGCCUGCGAUCCACCGCCGGGUGCAGCAGCUGUAUCCUUAAUAAGUGCCUUCUGCUCACCUGUGUAAAAAUGUCGCCCAACAGAACCGUCCACUUUGUUGUUCCUGCUUCGAGGAAGUCCGAUAAGUAACAGGGUGAUGCAGGACCUUAUAUUGUAGCUGGACUGAGCAAAGAGAUAUUUUUUAUUUUAUAUCAGCAUGUCCAAAAUAUUGUGUUUGUCCCCCAAAAAUAUCUGGCCUCUAUUGUGGGGAACAUGUCUGGAUGUUGUUGGAUAGUUUUAUAGUGCAAUGUUGUAUUUCUGAGUGAGCCUCUUCACUGCACAGAUACUGUAUGUGUAAUUUUGUAUAGACGGUUCAGAAUUUGGAUGAUGAUGAUGUGGCCAAUGUGCCUUUUCUUUUCUUUUUUUAAAUAUCACUGUGCUGUGUACAGAUCUAAAAAAAAUGACUAUGCUACAUGUGCUUUAUUCCAGUUAAUGCUGCUAGACUGCUUCUCUUUUGUCAAUCAAGAAUAAUGUUGCGAACUCACCAGGAGAGGCCUGCUCCAAAUAGUGUUCAGGGUGGCACCUGAAUACAGUAGGUAAUGAGAUUUAGUCAAAAAAGAGUUAAGCUGUCAGGCAGCAGAGCUCGCUUAAAAUAACUUUUCAAGGUUUUUAAAGUGAAGUAAAUAACUUGCACAUUAAAACGUUUUUUUUUUAUACUAA